AUGGCUGACGGAGACGAUAACUUCCUUCCUUCACUCAAGGAGCUGCGGAAGCUCAACGCCAAUGCGAAUUGUCCUGAGGUUGCUUGGAUAUGGGGUCCGGAAGACGAGCUUGGCCGGCUGAAUCUCCUAACUGAGAGCCUGAUCAGUAAAGUAGCCAAGGAAGAAGUUCAGAGUGGAUGCGUUAUUUCGCUUAAUUGGAACAUAGAGCUUCCUGCUCAACCGAACUUCGAUCGAUCACCAUGCAAGGUCAAGAUACUUCCAAAUACCUCCAGCGAUUGCAUUUUCGAUGACUCACUCGAGAUGAACACCCAAUCUGGAAGCCAGUGGGACGGGUUUCGUCAUUUUGGCCAUCAGACUCACGGAUUUCUCUACAAUAACCUGUCUCCAGAGGAUGUGACGCUCACAGAUCGAUGUGGGAUGCAUGUUGUCUCACGUCAUGGUAUUGUGGGUCGCGGCGUGUUCAUCGACUAUUAUCGCUAUGCGCAAAAGUUCAACAAACCGUAUGACCCCUUGACGAGCCACGCAAUUAAUUUGAAUGAGCUUCUAGCCUGUGCGAACUAUCAAGGCACACAAUUUCAAAAGGGGGACAUUUUGAUCAUCCGAAGUGGCUAUGUGUCACGGUACAAUGAGCUGCAAGAGUCAAACCCGGCGAAACUUGAGAGGUCUGCCGCUUCUAAUCCUACUUUGGCUGGGGUUGAACAGUCGGAAGAAAUGAAGACGUGGCUCCAUGACUCGUGUGUUCCCCCUUUUCCCAACAUUCGAUUCUUUAUCACAGUGCCUUUUUUCCGAAGAGAUGCCAACAUUCAAGUAAUUAGUUAUUUCGCUGCAGUUGCAGGAGAUGCUCCCUCAUUUGAAGUAUGGCCAUCUUCCCAAAGCUGGUAUCUGCACGAGUAUCUUCUUGCCUGCUGGGGCGUUAUGAUUGGCGAAAUGUUUGACCUCGAGAUUAUAGGCUCUGUCAAUUGA